UUGGGCCGCAGCUGCAGACGGCGCAGUCGCGGCUGCGAGUGGAAUGGAUGUAGUGGCGGGCUGGGAAGCACUGCCUGCUCUCGGAUAUCGUCCCGCAGCGGCUGGGGCAAGGAGCGCUCGGUGCGGCGCCGUGCAGGUUAUUAUCAGAUGUCAGCCGCCCAGGAGAAGUGACAGGAUUGUGGUCCGCAUGAAUUUAAAAUAAGGAGUAUCACUGCAGUGGUUGUGGAGUUUGAUUUUUCUCCCUACUACGUGAUCAACCCUGCUUCUACAUUUUUUUAAGAAUAAGAUUAGCAAUUGUGGUUUUGGAAAUGUUUCUCCUGCAUGGACUGGGGAGGACUCUGUUGAUUCUGGAGCUACUAGAGACUAUGGCACUGGCACACUGGCAAAAUGAGCCACUGCAGAUCAUCAGAGACUUGGACAGCCAGAUCGAGGCCUCCAUGCAUUCUGUAUUAAGUCAAGACACUCCUGCUGCCUCCUUCAGUGUCCCAGACGGCUCUGCAUACAUCAGUCGGGCCUUUACAAUGAGAAUCCCCACUGAUGCAUUACCUGCCCAUGCAGUAUUGAAGGUCACAGAGUCUGGGAGGGAAACUCUACCUUCGUGGCUGCACUGGGAUGCUGUGAGUCAUUCUCUACAUGGGCUGCCACUGGACACGGACAGAGGAGUUCACUACAUCUCGGCCAUCGCCAUGGAACCAGCUGCAAAUGGAACCCUGGUGCCUUUUGCUGAGGAUGUUUUCUCUGUUGAGGUCCUGCCAGAUGAUCCGUUGGAUAGUACACCCCUUACUGUGUCAUCGCAGUUGGUCAAUGAAGUCACACCAAUGAUCUGUGCACAAGAGGAGCCACUUACCAUUCUGACGGUAAUCUUGGAUGCGGACCUAACAAAGAUGACAGCCAAGCAACGAAUUGAACUGUUGGAUAGAAUGCGCAAGUUUGCAGAAGUAGGUCUCAAUCAAAUGAAACUUGUUCCAGUUGUCAACAACCGCCUGUUUGACAUGUCUGCCUUCAUGGCUGGUCCUGGAAAUGCCAAGAAGGUCGUGGAGAAUGGGGCUCUGUUAUCCUGGAAAAUUGGCUGCUUCUUAAAUCAGAACAACGUGCCGAAUAUCAGCAGUGUGGAGGUCCCUGCUAAAGAGGGCACUAUGUCAGCCCAUCUCGGGUAUCCUGUGGUAGGGUGGCACAUUGCCAACAAGAAGCUGCAAGUGCCAAAGAGAAUACGGAGGCAGAUUAAUCCCACGCCAACACCCAUCAUUGUGGCCCUGCCACCAACAACCGCUGUUAAAGAACCUCCCAGCCGUAUAGUCCCUACGCCCACCUCUCCCGUUAUUGCACCCACCACUGACAGAGUGGCCCCACCCAUCAGAAAGCCAUUGAUAAGCAGACCCAUCAAGACUGUGAGACCAAAGGAUACAAUUACCCACACACCCACGCUGGGUCCAGUGCAACCAACAAGGGCGCAGGAGAAAUCGAGUACAACGGUGCCUGGUCAGAUCGAGCCCACCGCCACGAGGCCAGGUUACGUGGAGCCCACUGCUGUGCCGUUCCCACGCACAACCAAGAAGCCUCGGGUCACCACUUUGAAGCCACAGGUCACAACCCCAACCACCAUGACGGCAAGCACCAGGAAAACGAAGGUGCGGACCAAAGCGCCCCGUGUCACUGCCAGGCCGUCCACCACCAAGCUGCAAACUACCUCACCGCCCACCAGGCGCACAACCAGCCCCGACCACGUCACCAGGCCCGGCCGGGUGACUAUCCCUGAUAACCGGCCGCCCAAGCGCAUGAAUCACAUUGACCGUGUGGACUCAUGGGUUGGUACCUACUUCGAGGUUAAGAUCCCAUCCGACACUUUCUUUGAUUACGAGGAUGGCACCACUGAUCAGCUGCAGCUGACCCUCAAACUCAAGGAGCAGCAGCCCCUGAGUGAGAGCUCGUGGGUGAAGUUCAACAGCACCAGCCAGUUACUCUAUGGCUUACCGGACUCUGACCACGAGGGAAAGCACGAGUACUUCAUGCACGCUGCAGACAAGGGUGGCCUGACCGCUGUGGACGCCUUCGAGGUCCACGUGCACAGCCGGCCUCAUGGUGGCAAGUCCAGCGUCAAAUUUGCUGCCCGUUUCCACGGCGAUCACCGCAAGGUGACCAACGAUGUCAACAAGAAGAUCCAAUUGAUCAAGAAGCUGGCCUAUGCUUUCAACGAUCGCAACAGCAGCAGCGUGACCUUGCACAGCAUCUCCAAGGGCUCCAUUGUGGUGGAGUGGACAAACAACACUCUGCCACUGGAACCCUGCCCAGAGGAGCAGAUCCGCUCACUCAGCAGCCGUGUGGCAGAUGACGCUGGCAACCCGACUCAGAUCUUUGUGAGCGCCAUGGCACCAGAGUUCUCACCCUUGAAUGUCUCUGUGACGGGGACAGGGAGCUGCAAGAACAUCCAGUUUGUUCCAGUGGUCCAGUACAAGGCAAUCCCACUGGAGCCCACCGUGGCUGUUGCUCCAGGUGAAGCACCGUCCAGGACCAGCAACGAUGAUGUGUACCUACAUACUGUCAUCCCCGCAGUGGUGGUAGCCGCCAUCCUCCUCAUCGCUGGCAUCAUCGCUAUGAUCUGCUACCGUAAGAAGCGGAAAGGCAAGCUCACCAUUGAGGACCAAGCCACCUUCAUCAAAAAGGGCGUUCCCAUCAUCUUUGCCGAUGAACUCGAUGACUCCAAGCCCCCUCCUUCAUCGAGCGUGCCACUCAUCCUCCAGGAAGAAAAGCCCCCUCUUCCUCCUCCAGAGUACCCCAGCCAGUCUGGCCAUGAGGCUAUCCCUCUGGGCCAGGAUUUGAUUGGUGAAUAUACACCUCUGAGAGAAGAGGACCCUAAUGCACCUCCCUACCAGCCUCCACCACCCUUCACAGCACCAAUGGAAGGGAAAGGCUGCCGUCCAAAGAACAUGACCCCUUACAGAUCCCCACCUCCCUAUGUCCCACCCUAAUGUUUCAGGGACCGCGGGUUCCAGGUUCUCCCCCCCACCCCCCCCACCUCCCCAUCCCAUGCAUCUUCCCACCCCCAUAUCCCUAUGCUUUUCCCUUCCCCUCUCCAACCCACCUCUCCUCCACUCAGUGUUGUCUGUAGGAAUGGAAGCCUGCUGCAUUUUUUAAUUUUUUCGAGCACUGGGUCUGUUGGUUCGGAAGCAAAGAAUUGCUGGAGUUUCACUGCAGCACCUAACGCUGUUGAUCUCCCUGGCUUGGCGGAUGAUCUCCACCAGUCAGCAUUGUUUCCUUGAUCUCCUAUGUACCUUGUAACUGCAGGCUUCAGAACAUUUGUUUUAAAAUGCUAAAGAGACCACGGGCAGCACUGGGGAUGUUUGAUACAGUUUGCCUUUAACACUAAUUGUACUGUUUUCUAUUCACACGUGUCUAGCAACAGAAGUAUAACAAAAUGGUAGCCUAAUGUAAAUGUCAGAGACUGUACUGAAAUCAGUUUGUUUUACAUUUAAUCCACUGUACCUAAACUUAUACUUCUAGUUUGGCCAUGUUGAUUGUUUUAAGAUACAACUUUACUCUGCUCUGGCUUUUGGGACACCUUGUUAACCUUGGUUCUACUCGUCAUCAUUUCUUGCUGUCAGGCCUUUGUUUACGGUUCUCUAACACCUUCCCUUUGCCUGCCAUCAGUUCUUUAGUGCAUCUAGUGCUGAAUGCUCCUGCAAAGCUACCUGGCACCCUGCACAGCAACACUGUUCAUCUUUUGCGUUGUACGCUCAAAUUUGGUAUGUCCUUCAUCUUCUGCCUCCUCACAUCCUUGCAUGUCUCCUAUCUCCCUGACCUCUUCCUUCAUUUCUCAUUUGCAACACAUUUCAUGCUCUGCUCUGUCUCUCUUCUCUCUCUCUCUCCCCCGCUCGCGCACUCUCCCCGCCCCCCCCUCCCCCCCGCUUGCGCACGCUCUCUGAUCUGUGCAGUUCGUAUAAAUUUGCCCAUUUGUCGAGUCCUGCUACUCCUAUCAGCUGCUUGGCUGCAGACAGACAGGGGUCUUAUGAUAGAUUAUAUUCUAGUCAGCCAGAAAUGAUUAAAAUAAAAAAAUUCAAUCUAAUUUUUUUACUAAAUUUUUGAUACAGCCUCAAUCCUUUUAUUAAAAGCAUACUGCAAUUUGUAAACGCUUGGCUUCUUAGGAAUUAUUAAAAUGAAAUUGGUUUUGAUUUUUUUCUUCUUGCUCUCUAUCUAUCUUUUUUCAUAGAUCACCUUAUAAAUUUUAAUUUAGAAGGUUUUUAAAAAAAAGAAAUUACUGCUUUUAUUUUUAAAGAUGAUUAUUCUCACAGGAUAUCAUAUAGGUGUGAUGCCUACCAUAUUUUACUGGACUGAACUACAAAGAGAUGGUAUUUGAAACUUGGACUCAAAAAAACCAUUGCAAUAAUUGUGUGCUACACUGGCUUGGGUGGUCCGACUUUAGGACUGGCUUAAUGUGCACACCAUGGGAUCUUGAAGCCAUAAUAGAACAUGGCGCGCAUGCCCCACAUGAGCGCUUGGAUCUGCAUUGGCCAGAAAGAUCUGAUUCAUCCAUUGUCACGGUGAUUGGUGGGCAAAUCAAAACAGAAUAAUGCAUUGUUAGCAAUUUUACUUUUUACAGUUAUUAGUGAACAUUUUAUUUAUGCCACUAGGCACUGUAUGUUGGAAGUCUUGUAUUAAAAUGUGUUUUCACCAAA